AUGUACGUGAACGCAACGACGUGUGCCCCACCGUGGUUGCUUGGCAGUCUGGAGCCCCAGAGUGAGCUGGGCCUUAUGCUGGCCUUGGGGAACCUGUUGGUGCACGCCCCUUUCAACCGCCUGCCUGUGGUUCGUGAUUAUGAGCUGGGGAAGCUGCGCCAGCGCUACGACUACGUCAUCGUUGGCGGCGGCUCUGCGGGCUGCGUCGUCGCAAACCGGCUCUCGGCAGAUCCGAAGGUCACUGUGCGGCUUCUCGAAGCCGGAGGACUGGAGACGGCCGCCAUUCAAGUUCCGGCUCUCGUCGCCUUCAACAUCAGAGGCCACGAUGACUGGGACUACUGGAGCGUUCCGCUGAAGAACGCCGCCUUCUCCUACCGAGAACAAGUAUGCGCCUAA